AGAAGUAAAAAAAAAAAAAAAUUUAAUCCCCCAAAAAAAAAACAAAGGCAUUUCUGAGAACCAGAAGAAGGUAAACGAUACGCCAAUGGCUAGCAGUGAGAGCGAAGACGCCGUCCGCCGCAAGUCGGCCAUUUCCGACUACCGGAAAAAGCUUCUGAAUCACAAAGAAUUAGAAGGCCGCGUUCGAUCUGUUCGGGAGAAUUUAAGAUCUACAAAGAAGGAGUAUGCUAAAACAGAAGAUGAUUUAAAGUCCCUCCAGAGUGUUGGACAGAUCAUAGGAGAAGUUCUUAGGCCCCUGGACAACGAACGCUUGAUCGUCAAAGCAAGCAGUGGCCCAAGGUAUGUGGUCGGUUGCCGCAGUAAAGUUGACAAAGAAAAACUUACAGCUGGAACGAGGGUGGUUCUUGACAUGACAACACUCACCAUUAUGCGAGCUCUACCUCGUGAGGUAGAUCCAGUUGUCUAUAAUAUGCUUCACGAAGAUCCUGGAAAUGUCAGCUACUCUGCUGUGGGUGGCCUUUCAGAUCAAAUCCGAGAAUUGAGGGAAUCUAUAGAAUUACCUCUAAUGAACCCUGAACUCUUUCUUAGAGUUGGCAUUAAACCUCCCAAGGGUGUACUUCUCUAUGGUCCACCUGGAACUGGCAAGACAUUGUUGGCCAGAGCUAUUGCUAGCAACAUCGAUGCCAAUUUCUUGAAGGUUGUGUCCAGUGCUAUUAUUGAUAAGUAUAUAGGUGAGAGUGCAAGGUUGAUCAGAGAAAUGUUUGGUUAUGCUCGUGAUCACCAACCAUGCAUCAUAUUUAUGGAUGAGAUUGAUGCCAUUGGUGGGCGCCGUUUUAGCGAGGGAACUAGUGCUGACCGUGAAAUUCAAAGAACCCUUAUGGAAUUACUAAACCAGCUUGAUGGGUUUGAUCAGCUCGGAAAGGUUAAAAUGAUUAUGGCAACAAAUAGACCCGAUGUUCUGGACCCUGCACUUCUUCGUCCUGGUCGAUUAGACAGGAAAAUAGAAAUACCGUUGCCUAACGAACAGUCAAGAAUGGAAAUUCUCAAGAUCCAUGCUGCAGGGAUAGCCAAACAUGGUGAAAUUGAUUAUGAGGCUGUUGUUAAACUUGCUGAAGGUUUUAAUGGUGCUGAUCUUCGUAACAUUUGCACGGAAGCUGGUAUGUCAGCAAUUCGUGCAGAACGUGAUUAUGUUAUCCAUGAAGAUUUCAUGAAGGCUGUAAGAAAACUGAAUGAAGCUAAGAAGCUUGAAUCAAGCGCGCAUUACAGUACUGAUUUUGGGAAGGAAUAGUAAAAGCCAAGUUGGAACGGAGCGCAGAUAGCGGUGUAUGUGGUGCAUUUAUCUUCUUAGAAGAUCGAUUACCUUUCAAUCGGACAUUUUGUUCUUCAGUUUUCAAGUCUUGCAUGUAUCUCUGUAUUAUGUUUUUAUUCGCCAGCUGCUAGCAACUAUUUUUUUCCGUACUAUUUUCUUUUUUAAUUUGUUUUAUUAUUUCGUGUUCAAUUUAUACAUCUGACGACCGAGGAAAAGAUCCACCGUUUUCCACACGGAUCAUCUAAGAGUUUUAAUUUAUUCAUUCCUCU